CGGCAACCGAGAGCGGUGUCUGUUAGUCUUUCUCGGUUGAACUUUAAAUAUUUGAUGUGAACAUAGUUUUAGUCCUCAUUGAGAGAUAUCCCUGGUUUGACAGAGGUGAAAAAUGUCUACGACAAGCGCAACUCGGAUCGACCUUCUUGCACGGCCGAAGCCUACACCUACUGGCUUCAGACAGGAUCGGCGAUCAGUAUAUUGGGUGGAUUAUGUGCCAUCGGUAGCUUCAGGUGGCACAACAACAUGUGUCGCCUCUGCAAGGGUCCAAGAACUUUCCAGGUCAAAAGAUUUGAACAAAAAUUACAAAGGAGACAGGCCCACCCCAAUCUGGCUGGUCUCAUCAGCUGCCCAGAACACUUCUCCUUCAGCCAGGACAGAGAGUCUUAGCCAGCCUAAACCCCUCAGCCCUCUGUAUAAGGCUGAGAGAUCGCCCUACACCAUUGUUACUCCAGGGGCUUCGCGUGCUACCUCGACUGCAAGACUUGACGCCCUGUCUGUACCCCGACAGAAAUCUGACCUGGCGACCUUUCGUGACCCGACAGAAAGUGUGUCAUCUGCUGCCCUGAAGGCGACGGCCUCAGGAAGAGUGGAGCAACUGGCAGAGUCAAAGAAACUUCAUCCAAGCUAUCAAGAGGAGAAGCAAAUUCAGUGGCCGGUGUCGGAUUCCGCUAUGAAAGCCAUCGCGUCCUUGCGUCUGCAGCAGUUGGCAAGGCCGCGAAGCCGCAGCUUGUUAAAAGAUGAUUACGACCCUUACAAGGUGACCUUUGCGGCACGACACGCACACACCACCCCCAGGGUGGAGGAAUUGGCUGUGCCGCUACCCAGAAAAGUUGUGGUCAAGAAGUAAAAGCUGAAAUAUCUGUACGGGUGCAUCCUGGGGUAAUGCUUUUGUUAGGUUGUCAAUGUUGAACCGAUAUAUAAUUGAAGAUCGAUCAGUUAAAGAGCACUUCAGUGAUGAUGCAAAAUGAUUUGACUUACAGUACACAUGUAAUGUUGCAUUUUGUGUGAGUUUGUUCAUGUCACCAGUGCAUCUCACAGAAUGGAUCAAUCUUAACUGACUGAUCCAAAACUCUGGCUAUGUUCUUGUGUUGAGUACUAUCCCUCAGUCUCUUGUAAAUUUGUUCUGUGACCAGAUUACCAAUGAGAAUUUGCUUUUCAGAAUGGUGAGAAUUGUUAUCUCCCCUUUUUGUUUUGAUCUACAAAAAGGGGAGAUAACACUGAAUUCAGAAUUCAUACUGCACUGAACAACUGUUGCUUUUUUCUUCAAGAAAUUAAGUUUGUCUGUUUAAGACUGCCAAGUUUUUUUUAUGGUUAUGGUUAUUCAAUCAAACUUUUUUUUAAAGCAGUGUAUUGAAAUUGUGUAUGAAGUCUGAGAUAUUAACAAUCUAAAUGUUUUCCAAAAACAUUGUUUAAAACUUGUUGGUUAGUAGUCUUUAUUUGUUUUGCCUCAGUGUAUGCCAAAUUUGAAGUGAUUUGAGAAGUUUAUUAUUAAAUUAAUAUAGAUCAAUGAUGUCUUGAGCAAAACUUCAUAAUAAAUUGGUCAUGCCUUUUCUUUUUGUCACUUAUGACAAUAAUUUAGAAAGUUUGGAUUUACAUAAUUGUGUUAUCUGUUAAUGGGCUUGUUAUAUUUGCCAGUUGAGUAUUGUAAAACAUUUUAUACAUUUUUGUGUUGAGUAAUCAGAGAUUUUGAGUAGUUCCAAGUGUUUUUAUACUCACAUGGAUAUAUUUUACAUUUUAUGCAGGGUGUUUUACUGAUCAGUAUUAUGAAAGUUGAAUGGUAUGUGCUUUUUUAUCAUACUAA